AUGGCUCCCAGCUCAUACUGCGUCAACCUUCGUGGCUGCCUUGUUGCGCUGGCCUUGAUAAGCCAGGAUUUCGCUGUCACCACGCCCAAUCUACGUUUGGCUGCUGGUCCAAGCUACAAAUACCGAGGGGUCUGUCCGGCUCCUUGCUAUCAGUCGGGAGUUGCUUCUGGAAACUGGUCGUUGUAUCAUAACUUCGCACAAAUUGCGUCCUGCGACGAACCGGUGUGGUACGACUUCACCCUCGUGGACCCUGUAGAUAACCCGAACCAGCCUCACCGGAUCUAUGCUUGCACAAACUCUGGACCAGACUGGGCUAUCCCCAAUGCUAGUAGUAGUCCCGUGGCCGCCGAUUUGAGCACACUCUCUUCCCAAGUGCAACAAUAUCUCGGUCAAGGAUUCGCUACUUCUAAUCGGUCAACGCUUCUCUUCGCUUCUGCUGGAACAACUUCUUUAGGUCUUUAUAUUGGCAAGAACUUGCAGGCUUCCGUCAUCAGCACCUCCGCGAUCGCACAUCUGCACAACGCUACCUUGUCUACGAGUCUGAACCGUACUACGACGCUCGCUAUGCAGUAUUGCGAGGAGGGUUUAACUUCUAACAACAUAUUUGGCUUAAUCGCUACUAGCAACAGCUCCUUCAAUGCGGUUCAGGAGGCCCUUUCGUCUUGGUCUAAUACGAGCUGCUUGUCGAUUCCGGAGACUAGCAACUUCACUGCGCCAAUUGUGUUCGAAACGCCAGUGAUCUACGCUUCUAACAGGACCGCCAGCUCCACUAGUAAUACGAACUCGACAAUCUCUUCCCGACUCGACCGCCGAGGUGACUGUACUACUGUUCAGCAUGUCUGCUGUUCGGCUGGCACGCUGCCUGACUUUGCACUAAAGCCUAACUCGGAUGGCUCUUGUGCUACUUAUACAGUGGUUACUAACGACAAUUGUGCAAAGCUCGCUGCUGAAUACAGUCUUACGAGCGACGAGAUUGAAGACUAUAACAAGCAGACCUGGGCUUGGAACGGAUGCAGUGAGCUCUUCGUCGGGACCAUUAUCUGUCUAAGCAAAGGUACUCCGCCUAUGCUAGCAGCUUUGUCUAACGCUGUCUGCGGCCCCAAGAAGCCCGGAACUAAGCCUCCUGCUGCCGGAAUCGACAUUUCGACCCUUAACCCGUGUCCAUUGAACGCCUGUUGCGAUUGUAGUACUACUACUGAAUUCUGCACCAACUCCUCGACGGGUGCUCCUAGGACGGCGAAGCCCGGCACCGACGGCUGUAUAUCUAACUGCGGCACUAAUAUCAUCGAUACAUCUGGAUACUCGCACGUCUUCUUUUCUUUCGGUACGCUCGAUUCGAAUUAUAACGUUCAAGUGGGCGACACUGAAAGUACUUUCGAAUUUAACCAAUUUCUGCUUAUAGAUGGACCAAAGAAAGUCCUGUCAAUUGGCGGAUGGGCUUUCUCUACCGAUCCUAGCACUUAUAUGAUCUUCCGAAACGGCGUUACGGCGGCAAACCGCCAGACUAUGGCUACUAAUAUCGCUGACUUUAUCAAAAUUCCUGCCGCCAGUCCUGAUAAUGGCGAGAAUUAUCUAGCGUUCUUGAAUACCCUAAGAGAGAAGAUGCCAGAGGCAGAACUCUCCGUCGCAGCGCCAGCCUCGUAUUGGUACCUGAGAGGCUUUCCUAUUAAAAAGAUGAGCAAUGUCCUCGAUUAUAUUAUCUACAUAACAUAUGACUUGCACGGCCAGUGGGACGCUAACAACCAGUGGUCACAAGAGGGAUGCCCUACAGGAACAUGUCUACGUAGCGACGUAAACCUGACUGAGACUAUUGGCUUACUGGUUAUGAUCACUAAGGCUGGUGUGCCGUCGAACAAGGUUAUUGUCGGCGUUACCAGUUACGGUCGAUCUUUUGCUAUGGCCGAAGCCGGAUGCUACGGGCCACAGUGGAUAUGCACGCAGACAGCUGGCUAUAUCUCUAACGCUAAGAUUAACGCUAUUAUUGCUAACUCGAGCCGCGUGCAAGAAAACUUUGUCGAUUCUACAAGCAACAGCAAUAUCCUUGUCUACGACAACACGCAGUGGGUCGGCUAUAUAAGCGAUAAUAUCAAAUCGAGUCGGUCGAAUCUCUACAAAGGACUUGCGAUGGGUGGUGUAACAGAUUGGGCCUCUGACUUGCAGAAGUACAACGAUCCUCCCGCACGUGCAACUUCAUGGACAGAGUUCUUAGCGAGGGUCAAAUCGGGUCAAGACCCAGCCGACGUGGGAGGCCGUCACGGCAACUGGACCAAGAUCUCUUGCGAGGAUCCUGCCGAGACAGACCAGCGAGACUUGUCACCACAGACGCGGUGGAAUGAGCUAAAUUGCGCAGACGCCUAUGAUUUCAGCGAGUCCAUGGCGGACACGUUCCAUUUCCCUACAGGCGCCGAAUGCGGCCAGAUCGGGGACUCCAGCCAGUGUAAUCUGCAACCGUGCAACCAUGACGACGGUACCGGGCCAGCUGGGUCGGAGAUCUGGAACAGUUUCAUGUAUUCGAAUUUUUUCGAGGCCUUGAAUGGUGUGGCGGGUACGUCGUUGACAAGUUCUCUUCAGAGCUUUGAGAACACGUUCGCACCAGUGCCUCCACCCAAGAACGUCCCUGAAUGGGAGGAGAUCCUCAUUGCCAUCGUCACGCUCGGUGCCUCUCUCAUCUCUGCGCCGUUCUUCAACUCCAAUCAAGAUAAUUUCUCUGCCUACCUCGGCCAAGUGGUGCAAGGAUGGUCGGUAACGACUUCGAAUACGCUCGACGCCAUAUUCAAAGGAGACAACAGCUCUAUCUCGAUCUUGUCGACGCUGAUCCAAAACGGCAACUUUAUGCCAGGCAGCGGCGGAGUUCCACACACGACACCUAGUGACGAGACAAUUACAGACCUGGAAAAUGCAAUUCUGAAAGGCUUCUACGCUUUUGCAAUUCCGUCCUUGUGGACUGCAGCUGGAUAUGCUCCGUUUGUGAUGACGCUCAAUGAGCCGUGCGAUUCCUUUGAUGCUAAUACGAUCUACAACUACUUGACAAAGGAAGCGGCAACGGCAAACGCUUGCUACAACAACGAGCUUUAUUACCUUGUCUACCCACCAGACAGCGGUCAGAGGUUCGACAUACUCCCAGGGUCCGGGGGUCUUGCCCCGGAUGAAGACAGGACCACGCCUUGGGGAGGUGUUACAGUUGAAGACUUGAUCCUAGGAUCGAUCAAUUCAUUCGUGGCAAACGGCAACCAGAACGGUGCACCGGUCGCCGAUCCGUCGAACUCGCAGACGCUUUCAGACCUAAUGAACGCGGACAUAACCACCCCCGGAUACGUAAGGCUACCCGUUUGUAGUGGAGCCACCGCGAUGACUGCUUACACCACCCCGAAUCGAGUCGAUAAAUCGGACCCGAAUUACCCGUGCGUCGCGCUUCAGGGCAUUAGGGAUUGUAAUCCAGAGACAGUGGGGAUGGAAAACGAAACAAGCGACGCCUCCCCAUUGAUCACCGACUGCCAGGACAUGAUCAACAACAUCGCGGGUACCAGCGGAGAAUGGACAACCCCACUCGACUCAGUUCGCCAGCUGACAAGCGCGGGCACCUGCGCUUUCUCCGUGCAAGAAAGGAACGUCGAUUCCGAUGGCAACGGUAGUUACAAGGUUGGCUCUCAGGACAUUGUCGAUAUCGUUAACGAGGCGAUCAAGCUGUACGGAAGCAACGGGAAGGUCGGUGCUUCUGGGACUUUUGACUGCAACGGUGACAUCAAACAGCAGCACUUGUUGUGGUAUCUGUAUCACUCGUGA